AUGGGUCGAGUGUUUGUUUUGGGUCUGAGGAACCUCUCUGGCGUUCUGGGCUUCAGAGAUGCUCAGCAAGGGUGUGUCUCGCAACACGCCCGCCUGGCAUCAGUGGAGGAGCUCCGACACGCCGUGGCCCAGUGCUUCUUCUCUCAAUGCGUCCGUGGGUGGCUCCACGGAGGUACCGUGGGGAGCACUGUGUGUAAUCUUCAAGGCAGCUCGCUGAAAGCAGUGAAUGUGAGGACAGAAAAUGGCACAGAGGACACUGCACACCUGAACGCCUUCUGCAUCAAAGACAAAGCCGUGGCUUGUGGAGACCCUCCAUCCUUCCCCAACGCUCGUCUGCAGGAGCACUCUGGCUUUGAGAUGGGAGACGAGCUGCUGUACACAUGUCUGCCAGGUUUUGUGAUGCCGCAUGGACACGCUGCCUUCAGCCUGCUGUGUGACAGCUGCGGGGAGUGGUACGGGGCGGUGCAGAUUUGUGUCAAAGAUAAAACAGAAAGUCAUGUAGACUAUGAGGACAAGUUCGAAGAUUCCCCUGAAGAAGCACAUCAUGACAGAGACAGUCAAGAGGAGCAUCACGACAAAGUGUCUGAGGAGGUAUUUGGAGGUGCAUCCCAAGAUGGGGAGAUAAGUUUGCAGCAGCAAAUGACAAGAUUCAGGCUCAACGUAGGCGACGAGCAAGGCCAACAAAAAGAGCAUGACAUGGGAGCAACAGUGAUCAACAACAGAAGAGCGUUUGAAGGACAAUCAGACAAAAAUGAGGAGCAGGUCCAUCCAAGGUGGGAACAGGAGAGGAGCGAGGUUAUCAGGACGGAUGCAGAUGAAGCUACAGAAGAACCUGUUUCUCUUCUCUCUCAAAAACACCUGUUCUGGUUUCCCUCUGAGGCCUUCCAGGAUGAGAAGCUUCCCUUAUCGCCUGGCUCCGUUACGCAGACGAAACAGAGAGCUUCUGGUGCCCAAUCUCAGGAGAGCAACGAAAACGAGAGCCAGGAGAGGCAUAACAUCUCACAUCCUACUGAUGUUGAUGAUCACGACGAUGAGCAAGACAGAUAUGAUAAUUUGGACAAUGAUGAUGGAAGCGAUCAUGAUGACAGCCGCCAUGAUGACCACAAUGACCGUGAUGACCAUGACGACCAUGACGACCAUGAAGAUGACCUCACUGAUGAUCCAGAUGACCCUGAUAGUCACCAAGAAGAAGAUGAUCAUGUGACGCACCGAGGUGAGCACGAGGAUAGACGAGACCGUAACAAAGACUAUGACAAUCACAAUGACGAUGAUGACAAACACGAAAAGGACCAUGAUCAUAUUCACUACGGACCUCAGGAGUAUGGUAAUCAAGACGAUCUAUACGAUGAACAGCACAGCCAUGAGGAUCACGAUGAUACGACCGAUGAUCAUAGUGAUGAUGAUAAUGAACACCCGGAUGGCUCUGAGGAACAUCCAGAUCAUGAUGAUCUUGAUGAUCGAGAUCGUAUUCAUGAUGACGGCGAUGAUGAUGAUGAUGAUGACCACUUACCAGAUCAUGAUAUCCACGACGAUCAUGAAGACAAAUACGACAAGAGCCAUGAGAACCAUGACAGCCAUGAAGACGAUGAUGAUGACGAUGGUCACUCACGAGUCAUCUUUUCAGUAGCCACAGAAAGACGACCAAACAUCACUCAAAGGGGAGCAGGAAGCAAAACCACCAAAGACGAGACCUGGUUGGAUGGAUACCCUGUACAAGGAACAGAAAAUGGUGAGUCCAUGAAAAAACCAAUAAAGCCAGUGGAUGGUGAACGUGCUGUCGAGACAACAGACAGACCCAACGAUGUGGACGUACGUAGACGGAUUCCCCACACCAACUCUCCAGGCAAGCGUGAGUCUCCUACUAGAGCACCUGAACUGGACCAAGGGGUGGUAGAGAAAGUAAGGCCUGGCUUCAGGACCCCUGGUACCUCCCCAGACCAUUUACAACCUUCAGACUCCCCGUCGUACUCAGACACCCUGGACUAUGACACUCAACAGGCGGCUCCCACCCACUCCUGGUUGGACGAACUUACUGAGCACCCCUUCCUCGAUCAUGGCCUUGCUCCUCCUGUGCACGACGGCGACAUCUUCACUGGUGUGAUUGGGGAACGCAAUGUGCACAACCUGCCCGGUGAGAUGGGGGAGAUGGAAGGAGAGAUGGGGGAGACAAUCUGCAUCGAUGACAACUGUCCUCCCCACCCUCCAAGCUCAUCCAGUCGAGGUCCCACAGUGGCAGCCAUAGCUGUGUUGGUGUGCGUCGUCGCCAUGGCAGUCAUCUUCGGGGUGUGGUGUUACAAACGGCAGCAGCAGAAGAGUUCAGUAUAUGAGAUGAAUGAGAAAGGCCAAAGUCCAACCAGCCAGGGCCAACAAAUGGAGAUGCAGCAAAAAGUGUAG